AUGUAUGGGGUUAAACUGCUUAUUUCGUGCUUUGUUUUGAUUGCAUUACAUUUGUACUUCACUUCCUAUUCUGAAUUGGAGGAAUUUGAGACGCCCGCACGUUAUCGUCCCGACUCCUUAAGUGCCCUCAGUCGUACCACACGUUUCACAGAGGAUGAAAUCAAACGAAUUUAUCGCGGUUUUAAGGCUGAGUGUCCGACGGGCGUCGUCAAAGAGGACACAUUCAAACUUAUCUACUCGCAAUUUUUCCCACAGGGAGCCAACCCCACCCUGUAUGCGCACUACGUUUUCAAUACACUCGAUCAGGAUCACAGCGGCAUUAUUAGCUUUGAGGAUUUCGUUCAAGGACUUUCGAUAUUGUCGCGCGGCUCUGUGGAGGAGAAACUCCGUUGGACAUUCUCGUUGUACGACAUCAACGGCGAUGGCUUCAUAACGAGGGAGGAAAUGACUGAUAUUGUGACUGCCAUUUACGAACUGAUGGGACGCCUACCGGACGAGUGUCCCGAAGAGGAGAAAAUCAAAUGCAAAGUCGACCACAUAUUCCAGAAAAUGGAUAAAAAUGGCGAUGGCGUUGUGACGUUGGACGAGUUUCUGGAGACGUGUCGAAGUGACGAAGCUAUAUCACGGUCAAUGUCCGUCUUCGACUCACAACAACAACAACAAACGUCAUUGGAUGCGCAAGCUGAGCGCGACAAAUGUAAAAACCCCGAUAAACGUAAGUCGAAUAAGAAAACCCUACAAAUACAACUACCAGAUAAAGCACAGCCACAGCCACAGACAAAACUACAACUGAAGCCACAACAAAUCGAUGCACUUGUAAGUCAAAAUUUAGCAAACAACAGCCAAAAAAUUGAGCGGCGUACCGUUGCACACAGUGCCGAAGCCUCCAAAUGGCACACUUCCAGCAGCGACGCCUCCACUGCCUCCUGUGACAGCGACAACGAAGAAGCAGUUAGCGAAAAACUCUCUUCUAUGUGUCAUCACUGCCUGCGGCCACAAUUCGAACUACAGCUGCGAUAUCUGCGUCCAUAUCAGCGACGACAAUGGAGCCGAUUACUACAGCAACAGCGUAGCAAGCGGCACAAUAGUAAAUCGCGCAAAGAGGUGAGCUGGAGUGGUGGCGGAGUGGAUGACAACGAAGGCGGGAGAAGGAGUGGUGGUGGAGGUGGCGGUGGUGUCGGUGGCGGUGGCGCAGUUGCUGUUGGAGUUGGUGGCUACGGAGCAGGCGAGCACAUUUCACCAACGAAUACCUGCACAAGCGGUGUGCAUUGGUCACGACGCGAUGUCAGUGCGGCGGUGCGUUAUCGCUGUCCGCAAGUGGGCCCCAAGUCCGCACCCUAUCACUUCCAUCAUCCUCAACAACUACACAAUGCAUAUCAGCUGCAGUUGCUGCUGCAGCAAUGUGACUAUGUGCCGCCAACGUUCUAUCAACAAAAGCAACAGCAACAGUUAUUUUGUAAGAGGCAAGCAACAUUACACAAUACUAAUUUGGAUUUCAACACAACCACCACCACUGCAGCCAACAUGGCAACCAUCACUUUUGAAUGUGAAUCGCAAUCGCAAUCACAAAGGCAACAACAAUUGCUGGAUCAACAGCAAAGAAAUCAAAAUAUACAAAUAAAUCAAAAUUUACACGCAAUGACCACAGCAACAACAACCAUCAAAACUGCCACUUCGAGCGGGUGUAGCGAAAAUGGCUACACGAGUAACACCAGCUUAGGCGGGAUGACGGUGGUGACAGCAAGAGCGCCGGGCGCUCUUUUCGCCCACCCUGGCCGCUCCACUAGAGGCACAGUCAGCGACAGUGAGUUGCAGUUGCAGCAGCAUCAGCCGACUACAUCCGAAUCACCGUCGCUGGUGAAGGUACGCGCCUGGUAUACAGUGGCUAAACAGGGUGUUUCUUGCUAAUAAUAAUUUUACUUCUCAAUCUUCCGGCUUUAACUCAACUGUGCUCUAUAUUUACUUAGAAAUCCUUGUUAGAAAUUACUUUUUUCACUUAACAGGAUUUCUGGUAUUUGGUUUUGUUUAAAUUUAUUUUGAGAAAUCUGCUAACAAAUCAUGCGAAAUGGGGUGCAAUUAGGGAUUCUUAAAAAUGAAAUAAUAAUAAUGGUAUUGUACUUAAAGAGUACUCUUGUAGUACACAGCAACACUUUAGGGGAUUUUACAAGUGUAAGGUGAACGAAAAAAAACCAGAUAUGUGCCACGAUAUCAGCUAUUUAGCUUUUUGUAGCCUUAAGUGAGUGCGCCGAGCACCUGAUCAACAAGAGUCGAUUCCUCAAUUCCCUCAAAGUGGUAUCAGCAAAGUGGCGGUACAAUCAAAAUACUAAUGGUUUGCUAUAUACUUAUAUCAUUUUGGCGAUAUUUUGAUGAACGCAAAAAGUUCCAAAAUAAGUUCCAACGAAACUGAGCCUAAAUACCAUGGACCCAAUGGUCCCCCUGUAAACUGAAAUACAUUCUUUGACAUGCAGGGCAUUUUCACAAGAAGUACCGAAUGGAUUCUACGCCUAUUUUAUCUCUACAGCUUCUGGUCAUAUAAGUGGUCAUAUAGCCCUGUAGUAUUCCCGGAUAUGAUGGCUGAUGAUAAAGCAAAACUCCGCAGUUUAAAAUAUAAAAAUCUACCUGUUGCUAAAAUCUGAUCUAGCAGAUGUCUUAGAUUUGAUAUCAUGCUUGGAAUAGGUCACGCAGUCUAUGCCUCAGAAGCUUUCCUCGCCCAUACAUCUGCUUCCGCAUUUUCCGAAACAUCGCCAUUGUGUUCUGGGAACCUAUAUAGAUUGAUGUUUGGCUGACGAAAAAAUUGAGUGGAUCUUCAACAGCCUGAGCCUAGUCAUUGCGAGCGUAAAAAUCUGAAUCGCAGCCUAGUUUUAAAGGCGCUAGGUACGCCAUGUUUACCAACUUUUUCAGCCAGUUCCACUGCAUAAAUCUGAGCCUAAAAAACACUACAGUAAUCUGGAAGUUUGUAAAUUUCUCACAGCGAGAGUUGUAUAGGAGAAGACAUCAGAUCCGGUUUCUGUAAAAAAUCUACCUUCGUAGAAAAUGUUUAUCUGCGUUGGUUUUGUGCCUGAUAUAAAUAUAUAUAUGCCCUUCAAUUUGACCCCGCAAGGACAAAUGAAUAAUGAAUUCGGACUCAGUAACCCGAAAAAUUUACACAUAUAUCAAUUUUUUGAAAUUUUUCCAGUCAAUAUUCUAGGUUUGGCCGGAAAUUGGCGUAAACAAACAAAAAUCUCCGACCAAAGCCCAUUCAAACAAGUACCGAGAUUGUUUUGUGGACCUUAGGGACGUCCAUAAAUUACGUGAGGUGUUUUUUUUUUUCAAUUUUCUGUACCUCCCUUCCCCCCUGAGGAGAUGUCGUGAGAUUUUAUUCAGCCCCCUCCCCAUCCCCCAAUCUCACGUGAGAUUUUUCAAAAUGUGGGUUUCUUAUGUAAACGCGUUAGAUUGUAGUUAAGACUAGUAAUCAAUAUUGCUGAGAGUUAUAAGUGUAAUAAAAAUUUAACAAUACUCGUAGAAGACUUAAAUCGUAACUACUGCGAUUAAAAAAAGAAUAUCUACUCUAAUUCAGUCCAUGGAGAAUCAUGCGCGGUUUCAAGAGAGACUAUUGGGACCAACAUGUCCAUAUAAUUUUCAGUAAAAUCAUCUGCUCCUUCAACUUCGUUCUGAUCUAUCCACUAUAAACCGUUGACGCUUGCGCACAGUAACUCAUUAGCUCGUCUUUCGACAAUCCAUGAGGGUCGCACUUUGCGGUACAUACGCGCUUGCUUAACUGGUGCAAUGUGAGCUGCUCGCCUGUGCACUGCAGCUCUUAUGAUAGAUGCGAAGUAAAUACCGCAUGUACUGCAGAAUGCGUAUACUUGGGCAAUAGAGAUCAUAAGGCGUACUGAUAAAGGCAUUCAGCGGUUGAAUCGGUAGGUGUAUU